AAAAAGCACAAGCGGAUGUUGUCGACUCAUUGGCCAGCUUCGCGUUUCGAGCUGUACAAAACGGUUUGAGCUCCAGACCCGUAGACAUAACGUUACUCCUUUGGACGGAUUUAUUGAAACUGCCUCACUGUUAUUAAAGGAGCUUAAUCUUAAUAGAUACCGACGCAAUGGCAAAUAUUAUAACGUUUCAGACGCAAAUCGCUUCAGUCAUGGAAGUACUCGCAAACGCCGCUGUGGCAGAAAUAUGCAAACUUGUUGAGGACAGCUAUACCGAAUUACAGCUUGAAAUAUCUCAAACACAAAAGGAGAAUAACCUCCUUAAAAAGAAAUUGAAAGUGAUAGAAAUCCGGGAUUCGUUUUACCGAAGAGCUCACAAACUAAGAAACGAAUCAGCUGCCUUGACAAAAACAGGUGUUCACGAAAAAGCAGCAGGUGGAAUUAGUGUGAAAAUCGCUUCGCUGUCUAAUGAGGCUGGGGAUGAAGAUGAAACCGCUCGCUCCCGUAAAGUCUCGCAUCUUCAACCCGAAAGACUAGACCAGUCUGUAGAGAAUGACGAGCCAGACAUUCUCCUUAUUAAAGAGGAGAGAGCUGGCAACGAGAGGUGUGAACGGUCCGAAAGAGAAACGGAGACUACUGAAAAUCAUAAAGAUGACAGCCAGUACAGGAGUGCAGGAGUCUUUGUAACAGUCCGCAGAGAUAACUUCAUAGACCAGAACACAGUCCAGCACUGCCAUCAAGAGUCUGUAGAAGAUGACGAGCCAGAUGUUCUCAUUAUUAAAGAGGAGAGAGCUGGCAACAUGAGGUGUGAACAGUCAGAAAGAGAAACAGAGACUACUGAAAAUCAAAACACACAGUAUGGUGCAGGAGCUUUUGUAACAGUCCACAGAGAUAACUUCAUAGACCAGGACACGGUCCAGCACUGCCAUCAAGAGUCCAAUGGAAUGCGACCUGAUCUACUUGAGGAUGAAACCCCAGAAAUUAAUGAUAUAGGUGAAACGACUGUGGAGAGAUGUUGUGAUGGAGACGCAGAGACUAACCUGCAGCCUGUCCCUUCCUUCCCCUCAUGGGUUUCCAGGAGAUUGGACGCAACAACAAAUCAUCCCUCCUAUGCUGAAUCUGAAUGCAACAGAGGACCUUCUGUGAAUCAGUACUUGAUGUACAGAAGAAGCGCAGAUCCCAUGUGUUCCUAUGCAACUCCAAUGGACUCUAAUGGCUUGUCUAUGCCUGAUAUGGAAGGCCAUUUAACACACAGCGAUGAAGGUAACAACAUUUCUCAAUCCGAGCGGUCCCGUUUCACACCGAGCUUUUCUUUCAAACAGUCAGACUCUCCUCAGAUGCAAAGGAAAGACAAGUUCAUAUGUAAACAUUGUGGAAAAGCGUUCUCUCAACCCAGCACUUUCCUCUUGCAUCAAAAACUUCAUAACAGGGAGAGGCUUCACCACUGUACACUCUGCGGUAAGCGAUUUAGUCAGGCGUCUAGUCUCAAAAGACACCAUAGCAUCCACAGAGGAGAAAAACCUUUCAGAUGCGUGCACUGUGGCAAGCAGUUCGCAGAUCAAAGUAACCUCAAAAAACAUGUGACUGUUCACACAGGUGAAAAGCCUUAUGGUUGCAACCUUUGUGGGAAAAUGUUCAACCAGUCUUCAAACCUCAAAACACAUAUGAGGAUCCACACACGUGAGAAGCCUUUUGGUUGUGAUCGAUGUGGGCGGAUGUUUGCGCACAAGUAUAUUUUGGUGAAACACCAACAGAGAAUCUGUGUGUCUACUGGACAAUUCUAGACUUCACACGGUAGAGAAUACUCCCAUUGGUACCCAUCAUUAAUUUAAUCAGCUUAAUUUACAUUGGAGUGGAAAAUGCACAUUAUUCCAAAUAAUAAAUAAGAAUAUUUUAUCA